AUGGAGGAUGAGCAGCGAAGACCAUCAGCUCAGGAAAUCGCCGCCCCCUUGUUGUUCUCCCCUCGCACGAUGGAGGAGUCCUCUUUACGUAGAGCAGGUCUAUUUCAGCCCUCUUUUUCUUCCAGCAUGAAUGGCUUUGGAACACCGAUGACCGUUCCGCAGGCCCACUCCCAAGACUCCAUCCGUCUCAACACCAUGCAACUCAGCGGCAUGGAUAUGUUUUCACCACCCAAAGAUCUAUCGCCCAUUUCUCGCAACGGAUCUGUGACGCCCAGGAACCGUGGUCAGCCUUCCGGCCUAUCCCUGCUUCGUCCACAGUCUUCCCACUAUGCUCCUGCUCCUUCGCCAGUACCUACCCCUCCUUCACCGCCUCAUUUGACACCACCAGAACAAGAGUCGCUUGCUCCGUCGCCUCCCACGAGCCCCGAAGUUCGCAUAACCGAAUCAACCCCUCUUCUUUCUGUUUCGGCUUCAAGGAAGCCGACCACCAAGGCAUUCAGCUCUUUCUUGGCCACAACCAUCACCCAGUCCAUCAAUGCCCUCCCAGCAGUUGUCCUCGGAUGCUUGCUUAACAUUCUCGAUGGUCUUUCCUACGGCAUGAUCAUAUUCCCUGCGACUUCUCCCUUUGAAGGUCUAGGACCUGCAGGAGUGUCGAUGUUUUUCGUGUCGUGUGUGGUGGCACAACUCACGUACACAUUUGGCGGAAGCACUUUCGCUGGCGCCAAUGGAAGCAUGAUGAUUGAGGUUGUCGUAAGUCGUCUUUCUUUUGCUUCUCGCCGAUGUCCACUGACUGCGAGCUCCGGACAGCCCUUUUUUCACAUUAUUGCAUCCUCUAUAGCGCAGGAUAUUGGACUUGAUCGGCCCCAGGAGAUCAUCGCAACGACCAUUGUCGCGUUUGCUCUGUCCUCUAUCCUGACCGGACUUGCCUUCUUCGUUCUUGGUUACCUCCGGCUCGGCGCUCUCAUUGGCUUUUUCCCGAGACAUAUCCUUGUCGGAUGUAUCGGUGGCGUGGGUGUGUUCCUCAUUGAAACGGGUCUAGCCGUGUCCCUUCGUGUCCCCGAUGACGCCUUAACACCAUCAUUGGAGACUAUCAAAUUCGUUUUUCUCAACGCACACAGUCUUUUGCUGUGGACGAUACCACUCGCACUUGCCAUCUUGUUGAGGGUAGGCACAGAACACUGGAGAUGGCGUCAUCAGCUUAUAUUCCCUGCGUACUUCCUUUCGAUACCACUCACCUUUUACUUUGUGGUCCUCUGCGCACGGCUUGAUAUUGGACGACUACGUUCUGAAGGAUGGAUCUUCGAAAUGGUAAACACCGGCCAACCAGAACCUUGGUACAGUUUCUACAAAUACUACAACUUCAAGAAUGUACAAUGGGGUCCAUUAUGGGAUACAAUCCCCACCCAAUUUGCACUAUUAUUUUUCAACAUCCUACAUCCUCCUCUAAACGUACCUGCAUUAUCCGUCUCACUCAACGAAGAUGUCGACACCGAUAAGGAGCUUGUUGCCCAUGGCUAUUCGAAUCUCCUUGCCGGGGCAUUAGGGACGGUGCCAAAUUACCUUGUCUACGUCAACACACUACUUUUCUAUCGCGUUGGUGGUGGUACCCGAGUUGCUGGAUUUCUGCUUGCUCUCGCAACUGCGGGGAUGUUACUCAUUGGAACGGGCCCCAUUGCGUAUAUUCCGGUCAUGGUCGUAGCUGCAUUGAUUUUUGUGCUCGGUAUCGACUUGUGUAAGGAAGCGUUGUGGGACACGAGACAUCGGGUCAACAGGUCGGAAUACAUAACAAUCGUCCUAAUCAUGGUCUGCAUGACUGUGUGGGACUUUGUCAUUGGUGUUUUGUUUGGAAUCCUCGUCAGCUGCUUCUUCUUUGUAGUGGAGAACUCACAACGCGCAAGCAUCCGGGCGCUUCACUCAGGCGAGACAGCGAUGUCGACCGUGCGAAGGCCAAGCUCCCAGCGGGACUAUAUUCGUGACGUCUCAAAGCAAACCACGAUUCUUAGACUCCAAGGCUUCCUCUUCUUUGGGACGAUUACACAAGUGGAGGCAACCAUAAGAGGCAUCAUGAGCGAGCCUUCAUGGCUACGAAACCCAGUGCGAUUUCUGGUCCUCGACUUCUCCCUGGUCGGCGGUGUGGAUUUGUCAGCUGCUGAGGCGUUUGUUCGCAUACAUCGUUUGCUCGCAGCCAGAUAUGUUACACUGGUGUUCUGCGGUUUUGGUCCUGAUGGAGCUGUUGGGCGAGCACUUGCAAGCGUAGAUGUUCUGGGCUCAGACGGCGUCGAGUUGUUCGAAACUUUUGGAGAUGCUAUGGAGUGGACAGAAAACGCAUAUUUGCGUGCUUGGUUCAGGUCUCAAAAAUCGGAGACUUCUCCAUAUGUGAUUCCUGGCAGACAAGACUCCAACUUGGCUUAUCAAGAGUCGUUGGCGGGUUCGUUUGUCGGCUCUCCUCGUCGAUCCCAUCUCAGGGACGCCGGCCAUCGUACGAUUGCCAACGAAACGCGGCCAACUGAGUUGGGAGUCGCCGCUGAGCCAUAUAAUACCCUUGUCAAAGCAUUUUCAUCCUACGGCGACCUUGAUCUGGAGCAGUUCCGACCGAUGCUGUCGUACCUCGAGCGGGUGACAGUUGCAGAAGGGCUCGUUCUCUGGCGACAGGGCGACGCGGCGGAUGGUUUGUACAUCAUCGAGAGCGGCACUUUGCGGGCGCAAUACUCAUUCUCCGAUCAUGCGCCUGGAAUCGAGGAGUCCAUGGUACCUGGCACAUUGGCUGGCGAGUUGUCCGCACUCUCGAAUCUGCCGCGUAACGCAUCGGUGGUCGCAGAGCGUCCUGCAGUGCUUUGGAGGCUCAGCCUCCGGAAUUUGAGGAAACUGGAAGAGGAAGAGCCUGCCCUUGCGAGAAAAUUCACGCAACUCGUAUUGAAGGCUGCGAAAAUCGACAAUGACAUCCUUUUGGCUGCGUUGGCCAGUCGAAGAUGA